UCCUUUUGUCUCAGAAAACCGUCGUUACCCAUCAAAGCCCAUCCUUGGCUCUUCCUUUCUCUUUCUUUUUCUCCUGGUUAUUUCUUGCUUUUCCUCUCUAAUAUAGAAAGUGAUAUAUAUGUUGAGGGCAUAUUUGCUGAAAGAUUUGAUUUUGAUUCAUUGAAUCUAUGGAGCAGCUUAUCAACUUCAUUAUUCGCCCACCAAGAGCUGAAUAUGACCCCAAGAGUGAUUUAUUGGAGCAAGAGUUCAUGGUGAGAGGGAAAUGGUAUCAAAGAAAGGAUGUGGAGAUCAAAAACAGUCGAGACGAUGUUCUUCAAUGCAGUCAUUACAUGCCUAUUAUCAGUCCAGAAGGAAAGCCUCUGCCAUGUGUGAUAUAUUGCCAUGGAAACAGUGGAUGCAGGGCUGAUGGAAGUGAAGCUGCUAUAAUCUUGCUUCCUUCAAAUAUUACAGUUUUUACUCUGGAUUUCUCAGGAUCGGGAUUGUCUGGAGGGGAGCAUGUCACUCUUGGUUGGCAUGAAAAAGAUGAUCUCAGGGCUGUGGUUGAUUAUCUGCGGGCCGAUGGAAAUGUCUCUUUGAUUGGCUUAUGGGGUCGUUCCAUGGGUGCUGUGACUAGCCUUAUGUAUGGAGCUGAGGAUCCUUCAAUUGCAGGGAUGGUCUUAGACAGUCCCUUCUCUGAUUUGGUUGACUUAAUGAUGGAAUUGGUAGAUACAUACAGAAUUCGUCUGCCGAAGUUCACUGUAAAGUUUGCAAUCCAAUACAUGCGAAAAGCAAUCCAAAAGAAGGCAAAAUUUGACAUAACGAACUUGAACACAAUAAAGGUGGCUAAGAGUUGUUUCGUUCCUGCCCUUCUAGGGCAUGCCAUUGAUGAUGAUUUCAUACAGCCACAUCACGGAUCGGAUCGUAUAUUUGAGGCAUAUGUGGGGGAUAAAAACAUAAUUAAAUUUGAGGGAGACCACAACUCUCCCCGUCCACAGUUCUACUUUGAUUCCAUAAACAUAUUUUUUCACAAUGUUUUGCAACCUCCGGAGGACGAGGUUGGGGGAUCAUUUUUUGACACUGUUACUGAUUACUUUGGUAAGGAUGUUUGGAGAUCGGUUCAUGAAGUAGCAUCCGAUGAUGAAUCACCAUCUAACUACAAAGAACCAUCAACAAGCAGUACAGUAGAUGCCAUUAAGCAAGGCCGUCCAAAAGACCUAUGA